UUCUCGUUGUAUAUCCAUAAACAGUAAAGAGCGGUUAUCCAGUAAGCUUAAACGGAAAGAUACGAUGACACCCAAUAGAAUAAUGGACUUUUUGAAUGGCUUCAGUCACGUGGUUGCUCAAGAAGGAACUGCAUUUAUGGAAGUGCUGUAUUUUUCUCCAAAAAGGUCAACUGAUGAGUUAUCGAAGAAGUACUACCUGUAUAUCCUGCCAAUUCUGCUCGUCAUUUUUAUAACCUGGCAAAUAAUUUUGCUUCGAUCACUAAAGUCUGACGACUUUAUGAAGAAGAGUGGUAUUAUGGCGAUAUAUACAAGCCUCGAUCUUGUUUGCUUUGUAAUACAAGACAUAACUUUAAUAUCAGCUUUAUCUCUAAAAGAGAAUUACGUUCAGUAUGAAUGCUGCUAUGUGUUUGAGAUCGGGGCUACUUUAAUGCCAGGAUUUAUAUUUUCAUUUUCCCAAUGGUUAAAAGUUUUACAAUCAUGUCAGAAAUACAUAAUUUUGGAAAAGCCGUUCACUUACAAAAGCUAUUUUACUAACAUCAAAGUUGCAACUUAUGUAACUAUAAUGUUUUUCUUAUCUUUUGUUUUUGCUGUCUUUCGUUUUCUUUUCUUAGAUUUUGAAAAGGUUUUUCAUCUUGAUAAACAAAGUGGAGAAGUGAUCGCUGUUUGCAGGGAUGCUUCCUCUUUUUCAAGCAAAAAUAAGAGAAAUGAAUUCGGAUAUAAAGUUCUUCAUAUUUCAGAAAUUGUGUUUUCUGGUUUCCUACCUGUUUUAUUUUUUGUUGUUUUAAGCAUCUUGACGAUUCGAAAAUUAAGACAACAGAUGAAAUUUAGGAAGAAUAAUAAAAUAACUAAAUCUAAUAUCGUUUCUUCUUUGGAAAGAAUAUCAAUUAUAACAACAGCAGUUACAGCAUUCUAUGUGAUCUCGUCUGCACCGACUAUAAUAUUUCCUUUGAUUCAAACUAUUUCUGAAGAAUCAACGUUUUUAAACUUUACUCAAUAUUUAACAAUAAUUACUAAUGUUUUAAUGCUUUCCAACACUCCAGUUACAUUAUUUAUGUUCAGCUGGCUGUAUAUGCCGUUUAGAAAUACUGUUAAGAAAGUGGUUCAUGUCUUGUGCACCUUUUUAAGUCGGAUUCAUUGCACAAGUAAAUAAAAAUAGAUUCGGGUGUAUAAUGAGAGUUUAGUUUUUUUACAAUCUCCAGCAUAUUUAUAGCCAUCGUUAUUGUAUACUAUUUUGAAAUAAAGAGAAACUUGACUGUGAUUUUGGUGUAACUCGUUCGAAUUGGGAAAAGAGGAAUCAUGCAGGAAAACUGUAAUCUUGCAUUUUAUUUUCAAUUACAUCAUUGUAUUGUUGA